ACUGCGUGCGGCCAGGCAAGGAAGACGUCGGGGGAGAAUAUGACAUCACGGCUCGUUCGGGAGCGAUGGACGGCGGCGACCUUGACGUCGGCGAGUUGGUCCCAAUUGGAAUCUAUAUUGAUAUUUGCUCGACGGUGGAGAGGACGGCAGUGGCAGCAGCUGUUACUGCAGUCCUCUUUCGUUGUCAGGUGGAGAGGACAGCGGGGGGAAUGAAAGCGCAGAUCCGCGCGAGGAGGAGGAAGGUCAUGCAGUGCGCAGCAGUGGAAGGCCCUGGGUUGGACACCGCUGCCGUCUGCGAUGCCGUUGUUCACGUGUGCUGCACCUUGGGUUGCGGAGCUCUUCCCAGAGCAACACCGAGAUGGUGGAUGAAAAGGAGGAAGGGUGGGACGUGGGAGGAUCUGCGGCAAUGUGACGACGCGACGAAGGACUACUUUCGAGACAAGCUGCGCAUGUCGCCACGUGUCUUUCGGGAGAUUGCGGAAGCUCUCUCGCGAUUGCUGCAGCGUCGUGUGACAUUCUAUAGGGAGACGCCGCAGCCAGAUCAGAUCGUCGCGUACGCGUUGUACAGGUGGGCGUCGGGGGAGACGUACGAGAGCAGCACGUGUAACUUCGGCAUCGACAGAGCGUCAGGUUUGGUGGCGGUGAGGAACGUCACUAUGGCGUUGCUGACGGUCUAUCGUGACAAGAUAUCGUGGCCAAUGCGGGUGCGCAAGUCGGUCGUCCUCCGUGCUUUCGCUGGCAAGGGGUUCCCCAACUGUCAUGGCUGCAUCGACUGUAGUCAUAUCUACAUUGACAAACCGACAAACGCCCCUGACGAGGAUUACUACGAUCAGAAACGACGUUUCUCGAUCGUCACGCAGGUGGUUGUCGAUCUGGACUUGCGUGUGCUGGACGUCUUCGUCGGUUAUCCUGGGAGCUGCCACGACGUCAAGAUCAUUCACCUGUCUAGUGUAUGGGUGCAUGCAGAGGCUGGCGAACUUUUCAUGGGACCGCCUGUGAUGUUGCCAUUCGGCGUCCAGACGAACGACUACCUGCUGAGCGACAAUGGUUACCCACCAUUGGAAUGGAUAAUCGUUCCCUAUGGCACCACUACUCGUCACCUGUCGGAGACGCGGUUCGACAAUAAGCACCCGGCACCAGGCGUAUCGAGCUUCGAAAAUUACCCGGCAAACCCGAACCGGAGUCGAGCGGCGGCGACGACUGGUCGAACCGCACGACAGUGCGAGUGCACGCCAGCAUAUCCCCCAACCUCCACAUGGGACAUCGACACCCCCGCCGUGUGGCACGAGCCGCCCCUUGUGCAUUGCGAUAGCAAGCCACCGACGCCCAUCAACCUGCCGACUGUGUUUUUCUACCCCGCCCCAUCCUUGUCGUCACGCGCUGUUUUGUCGUCAUCGUCCUCUGGGGGGCCAGUGCCCAACCAUUCCAGCUUUUUCGCGGCCAUCCGCGACAGAAGAGUGGCGUCAUGGCCGAGUGUGAUCCCGCAGUCAGCCCAAUCUGGGAUGUACAGAGGCGGGCCCGCCAACGUCAUGGCGGGUUUCCCCAUCCUCUCCGUCACGACGGUGGAUGCCUAAAGGAUAUGGCGACGAGCGUGCGUGGCCGCCACCAGUGUGGGCUUCGCGGUGAGCUGCACGAACAACGACGCAUCGAAAUGGGAACACAGAUCGUCCCCGCUCAUCCUCACCAGCCACAUUGACGCCGCGAGUAAAAACCUCAUAGCGUC